UGUAUCUCCCCUUCUUUUCUCUUCUGGCAUCAAGUGUUAAUGCAAUUGACCAAUCAGUGGCAAGAUGAUGGGAGGUAAUUGGGUAAUUGUAUUUUACCCAGCACAAGAAGCGAGUAAGAAAGGGUGCAAUGAGAGAGAACGGGGACAACACAUUCAGGAACAGAGCGAUGCUGGAGAGGGAGCAUUCCUGCAAAACUGCAGCCUGCACGCAUUUGACAGCAGCAGCAGCAGCCUGCGCUCGGGACACAGUGGAUUAUAAACCGGCGUGCUUUCAGAGGGAGCCGCUGAGGGAGUCUGCAGUGGAGUGCUGAACUAGACGAGUGCUGGUGUUUUUAAUGCAUAGCUAUGCUUUAGCUAAAUAAAUGGAACGGGUGCUCGACUAUUUUCUAGUUUUGAAGAGAUAUUUUAAGGAAUAUAUGCACACGGCUGUAGCUGAGCUUUCCUUGAAGAAAUACAAAACACAGAACAAAUCACAGUCGGGAAUCAACUUGUAACAUUACUCUGUUUUGGCUUGUUCGGGGUCUCACAAUUCGGCCGAAAUGAUGAACAUUACUUUCAGAAGAAAAAGGCAUCUUUGAGAUUUGUUUUCUUUCUUUUAUUUUUUUGGCGAGGGGGUUCUUAUUAGUUUUAUGGUCUUCCCUUCUGAUGGUUUGAGAAGACAGAAUACAUUGAAGUAAAAAUAUGACCUGUAAUUAAAUGGUACAGUAUGCCUUUAUGAUUUGGAAAGGGGCUGUUGAGGGGGAAGAACUGAAAAUCGCUACUGUUUAAACGGGAACAUUAAUAAACAAAAACAUGGAAUUUGUUUUUUGUGAAAGAGGCACUCGGAUUUUUAAGCGAGACACCUGAAAUGAAGACGGGAAAUAUUGUCACAGAUUUGUAUGACGCUUGCAUUUUCUGCUGCUUUUUCUUCCAAAGAAUAUAAACAUAUUGGGUACAGUAAAAGGGAAAAGAAGGACAUUUUGUUCCGCACUGGGUUGUGAUUGGAAAUUUAAUCAGAUUCCUCUGGGUAGGAGUCUACAAAGUUACUUAAGAAAGCAAACCUCACCAAGAUAUUUUGGGGGGAAUCAGACAUUCAGCAUUGGACUAUAAUGGGGCAUUGGAAAAAAAUACUAGAUACUGGAUUUGGUUGGUGUGAAAUAUGGUCAAAACCUAAAACAAAUUAUUUUCAAGGAUGUUUUUAAACUAAAGCAUACACAUAUUGCUGGAAACAAACCAGACUGAAAACCGGAUAAAGAAGGAGCAGCGGGUGACCAGCUUAAACAAAGUAUAGAUUUAUUCUAGAUUUGUGCUCAAAGGGAAAUAAAAACAGCACACGCCAAAAUAAACCUAGUAUGAAAACUUGUGUGGGUUGCUCUCAUCUGGAUAGGAUCGAGUCUGUAUGUGGCGGAUGCUUGUUUGGAUCUGGUGAAACUGAUUCGGAAAUUGCAGAUGGAUUUUCGUUGCAAUUGUCAGGGGGGUUGUGAAGUGGAGACCACGGAUUUCUGUUCAUGACUCGUUGUGGAAUCUACAAGGGGAAGCACUGUAUAUACAUCUUGCACUGAGAAAAACACCAGAAUGGAAUCGGAAUAAAGGAAAUUAUUAUGUAAUACAGUUCACGUGCAGUCACGGUUUUGAUUGCCUAAGACAACAGGAUCCAAAAUAAAGGUCCACCAGCCAAUAAAUUAUGAACGUUGAACAAGAUGACAUCGCACCCGCAGCAGACAAUGAGAGGUCCUAGGUGGAACAGGGCCCUGUCCGAUCCCUUGCUUGUGCUGCUGUUGGCUCUUCAGCUGCUGGUGGUGGCUGGCCUGGUGAGAGCCCAGACUUGCCCUUCAGUGUGUUCCUGUAGCAACCAGUUCAGCAAAGUGAUUUGCACCCGACGUGGACUCAGGGAAGUGCCCGACGGCAUCUCCACCAACACCCGCUAUCUGAAUCUGCAGGAGAACCAGAUCCAGAUAAUUAAAGUGGACAGCUUCAAGCACCUGCGCCACCUGGAGAUCCUGCAGCUCAGCAAGAACCACAUCCGCAACAUUGAGAUUGGGGCCUUUAAUGGGCUGGCCAGUCUCAACACCUUGGAGCUCUUUGAUAACAGACUGACCACGAUCCCCAAUGGGGCUUUCGAAUACCUCUCCAAGCUGAAGGAGCUGUGGUUGAGGAACAACCCCAUCGAGAGCAUCCCCUCCUACGCUUUUAAUCGGGUGCCCUCCUUACGGAGACUUGACUUGGGAGAGCUCAAGCGCCUCUCCUAUAUCUCCGAAGGGGCUUUUGAGGGCCUCUCGAACCUCAGGUACCUAAACCUGGGAAUGUGCAACCUUAGAGAGAUCCCCAACCUCACGCCUCUGGUCAAACUGGAUGAGCUGGAGCUUUCAGGCAACCAACUUUCCAUCAUCCGACCGGGAUCCUUCCAGGGGCUGACUCACCUGCAGAAGCUGUGGAUGAUGCAUGCCCAGAUUCAGGCCAUUGAGAGGAACUCUUUUGAUGACUUGCAGUCCUUGGUGGAGUUGAACCUAGCCCACAACAACUUGACCUUGCUCCCCCAUGACCUCUUCACGCCCCUCCACCAUCUGGAAAGGGUCCACCUGCACCACAAUCCUUGGAACUGUAACUGCGACAUCCUCUGGCUCAGCUGGUGGCUCAAGGAGAUGGUGCCUGCCAACACAAGCUGCUGUGCCCGCUGCCACUCACCCUCCAGCCUCAAGGGGCGCUAUAUUGGGGAGCUGGACCAGAAUUACUUCACUUGCUAUGCUCCUGUUAUUGUGGAGCCCCCUGGUGACCUUAAUGUGACUGAGGGCAUGGCUGCAGAGCUUAAAUGCCGGGCAUCCACUGCCUUGACUUCAGUCAGUUGGAUCACGCCCAAUGGAACCAUAAUGACUCAUGGGGCUUACAAGGUUCGGAUCUCGGUCCUCAACGAUGGUACAUUAAAUUUUACCAAUGUUACUGCACAGGAUACAGGAACUUAUACAUGUAUGGUGAGCAAUUCAGCUGGAAAUACAACAGCCUCUGCCACGCUUAACGUUUCUGCCACCGAGAACAGCACCUUUAGCUACUUCACAACUGUUACGGUGGAAACCAUUGAGCCCUCUCAAGAUGAGGGUAGGACCACAGAGCAAAAUACGAGUCCCACGCCCUCUAGUGGCUGGGAGGCCACCUACACCACAACCCCCCUUACCCCCCGGGGCACCAAGUCCACAGAGAAGACUUUUACCAUCCCUGUGACAGAAGGAAGCCUAAAUGGACUGGAUGAAGUGAUGAAGACCACUAAGAUUAUCAUUGGCUGCUUUGUGGCCAUCACACUUAUGGCUGCUGUCAUGCUUAUCAUCUUCUACAAAAUGCGCAAGCAGCACCACAGGCAGAACCACCAUGCCCCCACAAGGACAAUUGAGAUUAUCAAUGUGGAUGAAGAAAUCACAGGAGGUCCACCUCUGGAAAGCCACCUGACCUUGCCCCCGCUGGAGCACGAACACCUUAACCACUACAACUCCUAUAAGAUUCCAUAUAACCACACAGGCAACACAAUCAAUUCCAUACACAGCUCCGCGCAUGAACCUUUGUUAAUGCGGGCAACCUCAAAAGACAAUGUACAAGAGACCCAAAUUUAAUUUCUUUCAUAAUAAAAACCUGAAUAAUUCAACAAAAAAGAAGGACAUGCAAAGGUGAGACAGUUGAUCAAUGACACCAAGAAAUAGGCUAUGUCUACUGUUUCAAAAAGUGUCUUUACAAAACAAAGAGUUUAUUUAUUAAAAAAAAAAGAUCUAUUGUGAUUAAAACAAGAAAAAAUCAUGUAUUCUGCAAAAAUCCUUUUUUUUUUGUUGCACUUGAUUCUUUUUUUUUUUUAUUUCACCACUGGAAAAUAGUGAUUCAUGGUUCUUGUAAACUCUGUGUAAAUCUUAUGUUUCAACUUACUCAUUUAGGAGCAUACCUCAGGUUUAUGCAUACCUUAAGCAUUUUUCAUUAAUAUUUCUCAAAUACUAUUUUCAAGAGGUGUGAAUGCAAUAACGUUACUAUAUCAAGAGAAAGAAUAUGUGCCAAAGGGAGUGUGCUAUCAAGUACCUGCCUUCCUAUUUUGGGGUCAUAUCCAGUUGCUUGGGGAGGGAAUGGGGAUUAUUUGGGGCAGUUAGUGAUAGGUGGUUUGAAAUGCUUUUAAUAAUUAAAGGGUUUUGUAUACUCUGAAAUUUAGCAUCAGAUCCAUCUUUCGUAAGUUUGCAUCAUAUUAAAUGAAACUUAAUGUUUACAACAUGUAAUAAACCACCACAAAACUCAGGUAUGAAUGAACCUGCAGUUUCAUUAGGUUUCCAAUAUAAAAUAGGAAGAACUUAGAACACCCCAAGGGUAAACCUUCGAUUUGGAGAUUUGUGUACUGGAGUUUAACAAUGGUAUUUUAUUUGUUAUUCAACUUCUAUUUUUUGCCUGCCAAGUCUUCUGAACUCACUGUUGGGCUGUUUGUUAAAAUUACAAUUUUACGUUGUCUCUUUUUGAUUUUAUGAGCAGUGUUACUUCUGCAAAAAAUGCCAUGCUGGUAGAUGCAAAUAACUUCAAUGCGUUGACCAUCAACCCCGAUUCCCAUCUCAUUCAUGUGACCAUCCUGCAAAUUCCUCUUGAGAUUGCCUGUGAACUGUGAUUCCCCUGCCGCCAUCUGUAUAUUUGUAAGGAUGUUUUGAUAAUGACACUCUCUAUCCUUUUCUCCCCAGAAUGGAGCUCCUAACAGACCACACUUUUAGAUUGUCCAGCUCUAAGCUGCUCCAUGCAGAUAUUAACCAACUAUGAAGUAGACCAGAAUGAAGGCCUAAUUAGGAACAAUUAAACAACGAAACCUUCCUAAUAUGCAUGAGAGAAUCACAUACUUUAAACACGAAACACUACAUUCUGAGGUAAAACUAUUGUUGACACUGUUUUAGCUUGAAGGCAUUCAUUACUUAUAGUUGACUCACCUCAUCCAAGGUGAACAAAGGGCAGACAUUAUCUAGUAGAGCAAAUUAUCGUGUUAACAGCUUGAACUUUAAGGGAACAGGUGUUAAGCAGUUUUUAGUAACAGAAAUCAAGUAAACACGACAGGAUGCCAACUGUCUACACAAACAAAGGAAAUGUGUCUAACUGGGGUCACAGGGCCAAGUCUUUAUUUUUAGAAUAACAUCAGGGUCUUUCAAGUGUGAUUUGUAAAGAGCAUUACACAAUGCAAUGUUCACCAUUGUGUGAAAGGAAAAUCAAAUGUUACAAAACUGCUAACAACCUUAGGCAUGCAUUGUAUUCCUCCUUAAAUACAGUCAGUUCUCAUUAAGCUGAGGUUCAAGGGACUAGCAGAAACAUUUGUCUUGUGAGGAGUUUAUGAGAAAUAGCCAUUAGGACAAUUGUACAUUGAUAAUGUACUAUACUUUGAUAUUAAUACACAUGCAGCAUCUACUUAACUGACACUUGCAUGAAUAUGGCCAUAAAACUUAAAACUUUUAUGAACAAAUCUGUAUCUUUUACAUGCACAGUACAGGUACAGUAUAUUAAAUAUUAGAUAGUGUUGGCAUUUGAUUCUAUAAAGGAAGCCUUGGUCACAUAUAUCUAUGGUAGACAACUAAAACAGAAAAUAGCUGUGCAAGGGGAAGGGCCAAGGUAAACUGUCAGCUUAUAUUUAGAACAGUGUGCAUUCUCAAUACUAUACUGCUCACACCCACUCCUUAAUAUAACACGUAUUAGAAAAUGAUAGUGUCUGUCUCCACUGAGAAUAUAAUGUGCUACCAAACCAGUAAAAACGAAGUCUGUUUUAAUGAGAAUUGAGAUUUUCUUUGUUACCAGUUAAUAAUAACAGUUUACAUUUCUUUUCACAAAACAUUAUUCAAAUUGUGUUCAAAGACCUUGAUAAAGCAGCCCCCCAGGUGACGAAUAGUUUAAAGGGUGAUGUUACAACAAUGCAAUAGGGGCAAUACAAGAGAACAGAAAGACUAGUAACAUGACUUUAUUUAUGUAGUCUGUGGCCUAAAGCCUAGGGGUAGAUUUGAAGCGGGUUGCCCCAUUUUCUACAGAGGUGUAAUCCCCUACAAUCGCAGGGCCAUCACAAACAGUACCUGGUACAGGUGUAGCUGCCUGUACCGCUGCACUUCAGUUUGCUGUUGAAAGCAGAAGACUUACUCUGAUAAAAUAAAAAUGUAUGGACAAACCACUCUGAUUAAUUACACAAAUUGUAAAAAAAUAAAAAAUAAAAAAAGAUGUCUUUAUAUGAAAUGCAAUACUUGUUUACCACUGUACAAUUGCAGUUUUCCCAUGCUUUUCCCCAGUUACACAAUGCAUUUUCCAGUUUACCGUGGUUUGCCAUGCUUUUUUUAAUACCGUACCUCUUUGGGCUUUACAGUGCUUCUCCAUGUAUUACCAUGCUUUUACUUUGUUCUGAUCCAUGAGGUUAAAAAUAAGAUCAUCCCUUAAAGGAGAAUUGGGAAGUUAUUAGCCCUCUACCCUGUUGAUGCCUCCUUCACACCUGUCUUGAAUCAGCUAAUAGGUAUUGCUUCACGAAGCAAAGUGCUUCUGCUCUUUUAAUACUACUCUGCUCAUUCAUACUGUUCAUUACACCCGUGCUGCUCUCAAGGUCACUGCGCCCAUAGUAGAAACCUCAGAGCCUUUGUGAGGUUUGCUUCACAGUCGCCCAACAGUGGUUCAUAAGCAUUUCAAGGCACUUUACAUAGAGUUUACCACGCUUCUAAACCAUUUAAACCAUGUUUCCACCGCUGUAUUUGGUUUUCCAUUGGAAAAGAGAUUGCUUCACCUUUGCAAGGGAAAUGCAAUUUCCUUUUUUGUAAAAAUUCUGAUCAAUCUUUCAUUAUAUUUUUUUUUAUGGUGAAUUUUAGUGAUGAGAUUUUGGUCUAUUGUGUCUUCUUCUGUAAAAGCAAAAGAACCCAAUAAGAAUGUUUUGUUUUUUUCACAGGGAAUGCUGUAUUAGCAGUAGAUUUAUAUAAAGAAAAAAAAAGUUGUUUUUUUUUAUUUUAUUUUACAUGUGCCAACCUGUUUGAAAAUAAAAACCAUGCUGUGAAAGAAAAAUACAAUCUUGACUUUCAUGUAAACACCCAUCCAUGACCUUUGAAAAAGAAUGAUUCCUGAAACCAGAGUUUGUAGUUCAUACACAAAAUAAGGUUAUAAAUAAAAUAUUGGGGUUUUUUUUGUA